UUGAGUCUUUUGUUUCUCUAUGCAGUCCGUACUGUUCAACAGUAUUGGGCAUUGAGCGAAUUCAAGGGACCAUGGGUAGCAGGAUUCUCAAGGUUGUGGCUGCUAAGAGCCAAUGGCUCUGGGAAGAUGAACUUUGCGUUUACAGCAGUGAAUGACAAGUAUGUGUCGCCCAACAUGCUCAUUACCACCGACCCUGAGCUGUAUAAACGCAUGCAUGCUGUGCGUAGUCCNUUUGUCCGCAGCGAAUGGUACACAGCCUUGCGAUUGCAUCCGACCAGAGACAACAUCACAUCCGUGAUUGAUGAAGGAGUCCAUGCAGAUCUUCGCAAUCGCAUGUCGACUGGAUACUCAGGCAAGGAGAACCUUCACAUGGAAAACGAUGUCGACUACCGUUUAUUGCAACUCUUCGACCUCAUCGACUCCAAGUAUGUGUCUUCGGAAAAGGAGUAUCGCCCGGUCGACAUAUCUCGCCUUUACUCCUACUUUACUCUAGACGUCAUCUCAAGCAUUGCCUUUGGACAAGAAUUCGGCUUUCUAAAACACGACGACGACCCCUUUGGCUACAUUGACAACCUCCAAGAAUUUCUCCCCGCCAUCAUAGUCUUUGGCGCAUACCCCGAACUCCAAAAGAUCCUCCGCUUGCCUCUGCUCAAACACGUCAUGCCCAAGUCAACAGACAAACGCGGUCUAGGUCGCGUAAUGGGCUUCGCCAAAGAGCGCGUCGACGAACGAUUCGGUGAGAAGCCAGUCGUGCGUCACGAUAUGCUGGGCUCAUUCAUCAAACGCGGACUCACUCAAGAACAACUCGAAUCCGAAACGUUGACGCAGAUUACUGCUGGAAGCGAUAGUACUGCAUCGGCCAUACGCAUGACUAUGCAUUUUAUCGCCACCACACCACAUGUUCAUUCGCGUCUGGUGCAGGAAUUCAAGAAUGCCAUGGCAGCAGGAAAGAUUUCUAGACCUGUGGUUCGCGAUGUUGAAGCUCGUGCAUUGCCGUACUUGCAGGCGUGUAUCAAGGAAGGCUUGCGUAUGUAUCCUCCAGUCACGGGUUUACUUGCCAAAGCUGUGCCGCCAGAGGGCGUGACCAUUGAUGGCAAGUUUGUCAAGGGCGGUACACAAAUUGCCUGGAACUCUUGGGGUAUGCAACGUGACAAGGAGAUCUAUGGCGUGGACCCCGAGAUCUUCAGACCAGAGCGAUGGCUCCUCCGCGAUGCUUCCGAGACUGAGAAGAAGCGUGUGGACAGGAUGUCAGAGACUGUAGGCUUGACUCUUGUCCGCUACGAACUCCAGCCCGCCAGUCUGUCUAAGCCAUUUGUCGAGCGAUGUGUAGGCUUUUUCUUGCACACUGACAUGAUGUUCCGCAUUACACGACGCCCGGAUGCGGAUUCUGCUGAGGCUAAUGGAGUGCAUACUAGCUAUGGCGAUGUAACUGCACUGCCUGGUGCCCCUGACUCU